CCCGCAUUGGAAGUUCGAACCUUGGUAUCUGAAAGUCUAAAACCCUAGAGAAGGGGUUUAGAUACAGAUAGAUUUUGGAGCUUUCCCAAGAAUUAGGGGAAGAAAGAAAUGAGUGGAGCCGGAGCACCCGAUUUCUUCUACAGAGAAGCUCAACGUCUUGGCUAUGUCGCAAGAUCCGCCUUCAAGUUGCUUCAGAUUCAGAAGCAAUUCAAAUUGAUUACUUCAGGCUCCUCCGUUUUGGACCUUGGUUGUGCUCCCGGUGCCUGGCUUCAGGUAGCAUGCCAGAGUCUGGGGCCUCUGAAAAAUGGAGGCUCUGUCGUGGGUAUUGAUCUCAAGAAGGUAAAAGUUCCUCAUGUGCAUUGUGACUCAAGGGUUCAAACUGUUUGUGCUGAUGUAAUGAACCUUCCCAAAAACAAAUUGAAGGCACUAUCUCCUAAGGAGAAAGGAUUCUCUGUAAUACUCUCCGAUAUGUGCCCCUUGGUUUCGGGAAUCACCACUAGAGAUGCAAGUUUAUCAGUCGAAUUAGGGAUGCAGGCAGUUAAUUUGGCUCUCGGAGAAGCUGCAUUAAGUCAUGGAGAUGAUGUUAUGCAUGGGAAGAACAAGGAGGACAAUGUGGAUGAUUCAGCUUUAGUCUCAGAUUACGAUGGCGUGCUGCAAAAAGGAGGCCACCUCGUUAUAAAACUUUUGGAGAGUGAAGAUACCCAAGAAUUCAGCCGGAUGUUGAAGCCCCUCUUCAGAAAGGCAUCUUGGUUGAGGCCUAAGGCUACUAGAUCGUCAUCCAGAGAGAUUUAUCUUAUAUGUCAAAGCUUGCAGGCAAAGACAAAAUUUCAAAAUUUGAGCUGACUGCAACACCGUACUCCAUUUACAACUAGUAUAUGGGAUGCGAGCCAAUGCCAGAGUCCUUCGAAGAUCCAAAUAUCAACCAAUCAAAGAAGGUAAUUUUAGAUUUGUAGGGGAGUUCUCGAACCCACUUAGAAACCUCGACCAGACUUGACUGUCACUGGAGUGACUACGUUUUUUUCACUAGUUGCAAUGCGAAUUACUUGCGAGAUUUGUUGAUUAGAUAAGUUUGUUUGCUAUAUAACAACAUUUGUU